AUAGACCUUCCAGGAGAGUGACCUGGAGAGUUCCGCCUCGUCUCCCAGAGGAAGUCGACUCAACAGAGCGGAGGAGGACAGCAGCAGUCCCUGGCAGUCUCGUCGGAGCCGGUCCAGGCGAUCCAGGACGGGGGUUGUCUCCAUGGGACCGCCCCCCCCUCCCAAAGCAGCCCCCCCCAGAGUUGCAGACAGCGUGUUCCUGGAGGAGCUGCACGCCGUGGAGGAGGAGCUGGCCGUGUGUCUGGAGCCCCUCCAGUCUCUGUCUGAGUCCCAGGACCAGGUGGGUCUCAUGGCGUACCGGACCCGGUCCAAGCGUCCCCUCCGGGACGUCCCGCUGGGCCGGCUGGAGGCGGAGCUCCGAGCUCCUGACAUCACACCUGACAUGUAUGACUUAGGCCCCGCCCACCAGGACAGGGACUGGACUGAUUGGCUGAGAGGCCUGAUGACGUCAGACAUGGAGAACGAAGGUCUGUCUGUCUGUUAUACCU